GUUCAGUGUGUGCGGCUCCAUCAUGGAAGAACCCACUGCAGACCCCUGGGAUUUGAUGCAAUAUGAGGACUACACAACCAACAUGACUCUCUUUAACAGCAGCUAUGUUCCCGUUAUACCACCUGUGAUCAACAAAACCAUCAACCUGCUUUUGAUAAUCGUCUUGACCAUCACUAUGGUUUCAAUGGGAUGCACCAUGGAGGUGACAAAGAUCAAGAGUCACAUACUGAAACCUAAAGGGGUGGCGAUAGCAGUGAUGGCCCAGUAUGGUGUCAUGCCUCUGACAGCAUUUAGCCUUGCUAAGGCAUUCCAGCUGGCUGAAAUCCCGGCUGUGGUUGUCCUGAUCUGUGGCUGCUGUCCUGGAGGAACCCUCUCCAACAUCCUGGCCCUCGCUCUGAAGGGGGACAUGAACCUCAGCAUCGUGAUGACUUCCUGCUCCACCCUGCUGGCUCUGGGCAUGAUGCCUCUGCUGCUCCUCCUCUACAGUCAGGGCUUCGCUAACCUGCAGGACUUUGUGCCUUACUUGGACAUCAUGAAAUCUCUGGCCAUGAUCCUCAUCCCCUGUGGCAUCGGCAUCCUCCUCAACUACUACAGACCGCAGUACUCUAAGACCAUCACUAGGGGAGGAAUCAUAAUAUUGAUGUUGGCUGUCUUGGCUGUCUGCAUUCUGGUCAGUGUUGGGGUUGGAGGCUCUGUCCUGCAUGUACUAGCUCCUCGCCUCAUGGCUGUUGGCUCUCUCAUGCCCCUCAUAGGAUACUCCUUUGGUUACAUCAUCUCCUCAAUCUUCAAACUCACACACAAGGAGCGGAGGACAGUGGCGAUGGAAACAGGCUGUCAGAACGUUCAGCUGUGCACCACCAUCCUGAAGUUGGCCUUCCCCAUGGAGCUGAUCGGCCCUCUGUUUCUGUUCCCCAUCAUCUACGGAUGCCUGCAGAUGAUAGAGGCGAGCGUGCUUGUUGUAGUGUUCAGGACUCAUGAAUUCUUUACACGCAACAAGAAAGAGACAUACCAGGAGACGCAGACAGAAGAAAAGUCCCCCAGUGGACCUGUGUGAUGAACAAAGCUCUUGUGUUUCCAGUUUGAACUGUUGCUGACCAAAGACAGAGCCGCGGUGAUGAGGCUCCUGCACUACUUGAAAUAAAAAAAAAUGUUUGAUAGGAAAGAAAUGAUGGAAGCCAACAGUCAUGAUUUAGUUGAAAUCAGUUUUUAUUGUUUACUUCCAUUGUCUUCCUACACCAUACAAACGUCUGAUGUUUUUUUCACUGAAAAUAAAAUCCUUAUGUACAAAAAUGUCCAAAAGUCUUGCCUAUGCGUUCAUUUAAACCACAGUAACAUCAGUAACAGCACCAACAGGUACACUUGGAAUUACAUUAUACACUCAAGUAAAACAAAAGUCUGCAAUGCUGUACACAAAACCUUUAAACAAAAUAAAAGAACAUUACAACGCUAGAAUAAACCGCAUUCUAUAAA